CCUCCUCGCCCCGCAUGUUCAGGACCAAACGAUCUACGCUCGUCCGGCGUCUCUGGAGGAGCCGUGCGCCCGGCGGCGAGGACGAGGAGGAGGGCGCGGGGGGAGGCGGAGGAGGCGGCGAGCUGCGGGGAGAAGGGGCGACGGACGGCCGGGCACAUGGGGCCGGUGGCGGCGGCGCUGGCAGGGCUGGCUGCUGCCUGGGCAAGGCGGUCCGAGGUGCCAAAGGUCACCACCAUCCCCACCCCCCAGCCACGGGCGCCGGCGCGGCCGGGGGCGCCGAGGCGGAUCUGAAGGCGCUCACGCACUCGGUGCUCAAGAAACUGAAGGAACGGCAGUUGGAGCUGCUGCUCCAGGCCGUGGAGUCCCGCGGCGGUACGCGCACCGCGUGCCUCCUGCUGCCCGGCCGCCUGGACUGCAGGCUGGGCCUGGGGGCGCCCGCCGGCUCGCAGCCCGCGCAGCCGCCCUCGUCCUACUCGCUCCCCCUCCUGCUGUGCAAAGUGUUCAGGUGGCCGGAUCUCAGGCAUUCCUCGGAAGUCAAGAGGCUGUGUUGCUGUGAAUCUUACGGGAAGAUCAACCCCGAGCUGGUGUGCUGCAACCCCCAUCACCUUAGCCGACUCUGCGAACUAGAGUCUCCCCCUCCUCCUUACUCCAGAUACCCGAUGGAUUUUCUCAAACCAACUGCGGACUGUCCAGAUGCUGUGCCUUCCUCCGCUGAAACAGGGGGAACGAAUUAUCUAGCCCCUGGGGGGCUUUCAGAUUCCCAACUUCUUCUGGAGCCUGGGGAUCGGUCACACUGGUGCGUGGUGGCAUACUGGGAGGAGAAGACGAGAGUGGGGAGGCUCUACUGUGUCCAGGAGCCCUCCCUGGAUAUCUUCUAUGAUCUACCUCAGGGGAAUGGCUUUUGCCUUGGACAGCUUAAUUCGGACAACAAGAGUCAGCUGGUGCAGAAGGUGCGGAGCAAGAUCGGCUGCGGCAUCCAGCUCACGCGGGAGGUGGACGGCGUGUGGGUGUACAACCGCAGCAGUUACCCCAUCUUCAUCAAGUCAGCCACACUGGACAACCCGGACUCCAGGACGCUGCUGGUACACAAGGUGUUCCCCGGUUUCUCCAUCAAGGCUUUCGACUACGAGAAAGCGUACAGCCUGCGGCGGCCCAACGACCACGAGUUCAUGCAGCAGCCGUGGACUGGCUUCACCGUGCAGAUCAGCUUUGUGAAGGGCUGGGGCCAGUGCUACACCCGCCAGUUCAUCAGCAGCUGCCCGUGCUGGCUGGAGGUCAUCUUCAACAGCCGGUAGCCGCACGGGCCGGGGACGCAGCGGGCGCCGCGCGGGCCCAGGCCAAACGACGUUGCUGCUAAUACUUUCCUCCCCAGUGCUUGCUUUUCAUGCAGACUCUGGUCCGUCGCGUGUCGUCGUCGUCCUCCUCCUCCUCCCCACCCCCACCCUGCUGCUUGUCGUUCUCGUUUAUGUUCUGUUUGUUUCGUUAACUUUGAGAAAUAGCUUAUGAAAAAAACGGUCAGGGUUUUUUUUUUUUGCGGGGGGACGGGGGUGGCAGGGUAUGGCUGGCAGGACAGCCCGGGAGGAAGAAGGGAGGCAAGAAUUCCUACCACCAGACGGAGUGUAAGAAUGGGGAGCAGGCCCUCAUGGGGGGUUCCUCGAUUCCCUUGUCAGGCCGGACGCGUGGGCGAGUGCGUGUGCGUCUGUGGGUCGUACAGGUGUCCUUGCGGGGCGGUCUGUGCUCCCAGCUCUGGGUCUCCUGCCCUGUGGACAUGCUCAUUGGGGCAGCGGCAGUGCCUGGGCAAGCUGGCAGCUGGGGUUCCAACAGCUGCCAGGAGCCAGGCUCUGUCCCCCAUCCCUGGAAAAGCCUCCCCCCGACUCCCACCCCCUGCUUCUCCCCUUCUGGGACACGGGCCUGUCUGCAGGCUUCGUAGAAGCAACCCUGCAAAGAGGCUGAACUAGAACCAGUUGUUUCAUGCUUGUCUUCUUCCCCCUCCAGCCACCCUGCUGUCCUUGUGUCUUUUUUGGUCAUCUGUUCCUGGAUAUCUCUGAGAUGGGCUUCCCGAGGGCUACCCGUGCAGUAUUGCCCUCCCACGGCUCCUCCCAAGCCCCUCAGCCUCUCCCUUGUCCUGGUCACAUCAGGUCGUGUCCCCCCCCCCCCCACCCCGCCCCACCAACCCCAACUCAGAAAACCAGCUCAGCACUUUCCUCCCCUCUGCCGCCUGGGUGUUGAGCUCUGCUGUUAGACCAGCGAGGGGAGCAGCCCUGGAAGGGAGACUUCUCGGCAGCCCCCCUUCCCACCAAGAAGGAUUCGGUCCAUCAUAACCCAAGGUACCGCCCUGGGCUGACACCUAACUCUUCUUUCAUUUCUUCUACAACUCAUACACUCGUAUGAUAACGUUGACACUGCUCUUAGCUCAAUGAGCAUGUUUAGACUUUAACAUAAGCUAUUUUUCUAACUACAAAGGUUUAAAUGAACAAGAGAAGCAUUCUCAUUGGAAAUUUAGCAUUGUAGUGCUUUGAGAGAGAAAGGACUCCUUGAAAAAAAAAAACAAACCCUGAGAUUUAUUAAAGAAAAAAUGUAUUUUAUGUUAUAUAUAAAUAUAUUAUUACUUGUAAAUAUAAAGACGUUUUAUAAGCAUCAUUAUUUAUGUAUUGUGCAAUGUGUAUAAACAAGAAAAAUAAAGAAAAGAUGCACUUUGCUUUAAUAUAAAUGCAAAUAACAAAUGCCAAAUUAAAAAAAGAUAAACACGAGAUUGGUGUUUUUUUCUAUGGGUGUUAUCACCUGGCUGAAUGUUUUUCUAAAGGAGUUUAUGUUCCAUUAAACAAUUUUUAAAACGUA